UUGAGAUGUCAAAUUAACCACGUGCCUUGAUAACAAAACGGUGCAAUGCGCAUUCGCCACGAUUUAAUUUUCUAGAGGAGGGUUCGUAACGCAAGACGAGAAGAGCCACCUUUUGCGGCUGAUCGGCCAUAUUUAACCUCGAACCGAAUUCACUCUCCCAACAAUGUUUUCGACGUUUUUCUCCAAAGCCUCUUGCCAGGCUUCAGACAAUGUAGAGGCAACACAAUCACAACUUGAGGUGCCCCAAAGAGGCCUAGUCCAGUCUCUGGUAGCUGGAAGACAGAUCGCCGCGGCUGCCGUGGUCCCGGGAGACAGCUGUGAAUUCGGUUCCCCACACUACUUUGCUUUGUGUGGUCUUGGAGGUAUCCUGUCAUGCGGUAUUACACAUACGGCUGUGGUGCCCCUCGACCUGGUCAAAUGCCGCAUCCAAGUGGACCCGGCCAAAUACAAGGGCGUGUUCAACGGUUUCAAGGUCACGCUGGCCGAGGACGGAGCCAGAGGACUCGCGAAAGGUUGGGCACCCACUUUCUUCGGCUACUCGGCCCAGGGGCUGUGCAAGUUCGGGCUGUACGAGGUGUUCAAGGUGCAGUACGGGAACUUGAUCGGCGAGGAGAACAGCUAUUUGUACAGAACUUGGUUGUACUUGGGAGCUUCAGCUUCAGCUGAAUUCUUUGCCGACAUCGCUCUAUCGCCUAUGGAGGCAGCUAAAGUCAAGAUCCAAACCACCCCUGGAUUUGCAAACACCCUUAGAGAAGCCAUGCCUAAGAUAUAUGCAGAAGAAGGACUCAACGGUUUCUACAAAUCUCUUGUUCCAUUGUGGAUGAGGCAGAUCCCUUACACCAUGAUGAAGUUCGCCUGUUUUGAACGUACUGUCGAACUACUCUACAAAUAUGUCGUGCCCAAACCUAGAGCAGACUGCACCAAAGGCGAACAACUCGUGGUCACAUUCGCAGCCGGUUACAUUGCAGGUGUAUUCUGCGCCAUCGUUUCCCACCCUGCCGAUACGGUGGUCAGUAAAUUGAAUCAAGAAAAGGGAGUGACCGCUUUGGAAGCGGCCAAGAAAUUGGGAAUGGCCGGCCUGUGGAAGGGACUCACCCCUAGGAUCGUCAUGAUCGGUACCCUCACUGCUUUGCAGUGGUUCAUCUAUGAUGCAUUCAAGGUUGCCAUGCGUAUGCCGCGUCCUCCACCACCAGAAAUGCCGGAAUCAUUGAAAAGGAAGCUCGAAGGCAAAAAAGACUAAUAAAUUAAUUUAAAUUAUUUGAAAAUUCAGUCAUUACAACAAAUACAUUUUCCACUAAAGAAACAAUGCUGCAGUAUUUCUGAUUAGUAUGGGCAUGAAAAAAAUAGUGUCUUUCGUAAUUCAUGUGAAACUGUUUUAAUUAUUUAAGUUGUGUACCAUCCCUGUAUUUUAGAUUGUAUAUAGAAGGUUAUUAAUAUACUUCGAUUGUUUCCGAUUGGUGUUUUUAUCAUUACAAUGCCCGUGUGGGUGCAAGAAUUAAUUCAGAAUGAAUUAUCAAAUCGGU